AUGUUCGGUACUUUGAUGUAUGAUCUACAGCACAACGAGCCCACGUUUAUCGAGAACAAUCCCGAGGCGGUGAUCAACCGGAACCGACGGGGUAAGCCACACAUCGCAUGCGAAUUUUGUCGAGCUCGCAAGGUAGGCUUUUCUCUCCGAGCGGCACUUGAGACUCCUUCUGAUUGCGUGAAGCUCCGAUGUAAUGGGAAUCCAAACGGUUGCGACCGGUGCAAGUCAGCCUCCAACAUUUGUAAAUACCCAACGAACAGAGGCGUUAUCCGAAAACGAAAACAGUCCACCACCUCAACCAAAGACUCAUCACAGCCACGCCAGUCUGGCCUUGGAGAUACCACAGCACCGCAGUCGCCAACACUUUCCGACCACUUCAAACUUGAUCCGACAAUGAUGUUUCACACAACAAAUAACGAAGCUGAGAAGACAAUUGCGCUGGGUCAGUUGCAUCGGCAAAGCAACCUACCCAGUCCGGUGCUUGAUCUGCCAGCCUGCCCCACCGACUUGAUGGGGGAGUUGACCAACGGGCAAAAUGAGAAGCAUGAGCAGGAUCAGAUCGACCAAUGGCUGGCUUCAUGUAGCCUGUUAUCGCCCAAUGGCACAAUCGAUAUGGGCAGCUUGAAGACAGGGGACUUUACUUGGCAAGAGCUGAGUAAAGACAUGUCAUAUUUUGACAACGUGGAUGACAGUGGAGACGAUGGAGCGAGCUCUCAAGAGACUCAACUCGAGGACUUCGACAUGAACGAAACCAUCGACGAUUCAUCAUCCACUCCAUGCCUAUCAUCCUCAAGCCUGGACAUGCUACUGGACGAGAACUUCCCCACAAAUACAAGCGCUCCUCUGCCUGAUCCUCCGUCGAACAAGUCCCAAAAACCAGGCCGCAAACAGACCCCGAUAGCAUACAAGAUGUCCGCGCCGGCACCGAGCCCACUUACGGCGUUACUAGAGACGGCCGAAAACACCUACAAGAAGAAGAGCGAGUGCCGCUGCCUCCGUUUAGCUGCUCACCUCCUCGAGCAACUUGGCAACGAGGGGGCGAAUACGGAACAGCCUACGAUGGACGGCUUGCUCAACUGCUGUCGAGAGGCCAUCAAGGGCUGCGAUUCCAUCCUCGGCUGCACAUUAUGCAAGUCUCGGUCCGAAAGCAUGAUGCUUCUCGCCAUGGCGGGACAGUACCUCAGCAACAUUUGCGAAAAGACGGUGCGGUGCUACGUUGACGUCGUCCAGCAGCCCCGGCCGGCGAAUCCCCCGGACGGAGGCGUUGCCAUGUGGUUCCGCUCCUACAAGAUCGAGAGCGCAUCGGAACGCAACCAGGUUCUCAGAUGCCUCGUUACAGGACAGUUGACAGAGUUUUGUCAACUGAUCAGCAAGAUUAAGGCGCGGGUGGGCACGAGAAAAGCACACCUAGCGCCACUGCUGGGAGCCGAGCGGAAGAUACAGUGCAUGCGAACCAUGUUGAUGCAGUGUGAAAGUUAUGGAGGAUCUAGAAGCAACAGUAGCGACUCGCCGUCACUAGCAUAG